AGCCACAGCGAGUCGCAUGGAUUGCGUCACCGAGGAGGCUGGGCUGGGCUCUCACUUCCUGGUUACUGCAGCACUGCUGGGUUUGGAGAUUGUUUAGAAAUGAAAGCAGUUUCCAGUAACUGGGCUGCAUCGGUGCAUGUAGCGCUUAGUCUUAUUGGGCUUCCCUACGCUGCUGGCACAAGUGGAGUCUGGAAGAACGCCAAUAGCCGCAGUCUCUGUUCAUCAGGAUCUGUCUACAUGUCUCCUGCCGCCGCGCACGUUAAGGCUCGCUGUCCGGUGUAUCCCGGCUCAGACACACGCCGCUUCCCUGUCCCAGAUGACAAAGUAGAUUGGGACAUAGACUGGCCCCAGUACAGCCCUGUUAACUAUACCGCUCCCACUGUACUGAAAAAGCCUGUUUGGGCUGACCCAGAGAUUGGUGCAUUUUCCCCACAGUUCAAUACUAUAGAUGGAUCUGUGGACAGGAGAAGCCAUGAGGGCUCGUAUCGUAUCCAGAAUGGCAAACCACUUAAUCCACAUGGAAGAAGUGGGCUGGAGGGCCGAGGAUUACUGGGAAGGUGGGGUCCAAACCACGCCGCCGAUCCAAUAGUUACCAGGUGGAAAAGGGACUCUACAGGACAGCGUGUCCACCACAGUAACUCUCAACUACCUGUGCUGCAAUUUGUGUCCAUCAAAAGGUUGGACUGUGGCGAAUGGGCCAUCCCAGGGGGAAUGGUGGACCCUGGAGAGCGCAUUUCUCAGACACUGCAGCGCGAGUUCUCAGAAGAGGCAUUGAACUCUCUGCAGGCAUCUCCAACUGAGAGGGAAAAGAUCCAAAAGCGAAUCACUGAACUUUUCAACUCAGCAGGUCUUCAGGUGUAUAAAGGUUAUGUAGAUGAUCCAAGAAACACAGAUAAUGCUUGGAUGGAGACAGUUGCAGUCAAUUUCCAUGAUGAAUCAGGCAAUAGUGUGAGUGAGCUUCCAUUGCAAGCAGGCGAUGAUGCAGGUCAAGUGAGCUGGAUUGAUGUUGACUCCUCUCUGGCCCUUUAUGCCAACCACUUGCAUUUCCUAGAGACCGUUGCAAAAGAAAGAAAUGCAUACUGGUAACAGAAAAUAGUAAAAAAUGCCUUGAUGCUUUAACAUAAAUGAAGGAAAUCUUUGUAUGUGUAAUUUAAAUUACACUUAUGAAGAUGUGUAGCUUGGAUACAUAAUUUAGAUGCAAACUAGGAAAAUCAGUUCUGUUGCUGGCACAUAUUUAUAUGAAGUAAGAAUCGUUUGCCACAACACCGCCAACAAUUGAAUUCCAAUAAACCAAAUGUUAACCUCAAUUAUCUGUACGGUUUAUUUAUAUCCAUAUUAUAAAGCAUGGCUACUGAAAAUGGAGGCAUAAGGAUUAUUUAAGUUUUCCUGUCACUCUGAACUGAACACUACUAAUUAAGAACUUGUGUAUGACUCUUUCUGUAAUAACCAAAAGAAAAAAAAAAUCUUAUACACUUAUUAUGCGCGUUGUUUUAUCUUUUUGUCAGUUGUGCUAUAUUUCAGUAAUUUGAAGAAAAUGUUUUGGGGGGAAAAAGUAUUUAAUGGUUUCAUACUGAAGUGAUUUGAUUUAUUUUGACAUACUCAAAAGCAGCUAGAUCAAGAAAUAUGAAAAAGUGUCAUUAUGCUUGGUUUGAACAUCAUGGACACUAUGAAUUCUAUGAAAGCCUGUUUCUUUUACACUUGUUCAAGGAAGUCUCCAAGUUCAAUAUAAGUCUAUUGUCUCUCAUUUUCUCGAGGUUACAGCAUGGCACUUGAAUAUGUACUUGCAACAUCUUUGAUCAUGUCAACAUUAAAGCAGAAUGACACAAGGGAAAA